GUAUUCAAAAAAGAAAAUAAAAAAUUGGUUAGUUGAUGAUUUUGCCUCUUGUCUGAAGCUUCUCUGUUGUGGAACUGGUUAAACUGCUCUGUAUUGAUUUUCCAAAGAUCAUUUAGAACAUGUGCAUCAACCAAAGACUAGUUGAGUACAACCUGUGAAUAUAAACUUUUCUUCUUUAUGUUCGUUACUUAUUUGUGAUAGAUCAUGUCAUACAUGUUAAUGGUAAGCUUUUACUUGAAACUGAUGGAACAUUGGAACCCCAAAUUUAAUUUAUUACAUAGUAAACUGAAACCUUCUUUUAAUGCGAAACAAGUUUCAAGUCUCUCAUAUUAUACUUCACUAUAUAUAAACUGUCUAUGCACUUCUUAUCCUCAUAGAAACAGCAAGAGAAGACAGAAGCGAUGAAGGUUUCCAUAAGCAUCAUCGUUGUCCUCUUCUUUGCGACCUUCGUCGCCAUCUCUGCUGCCCCUUCCCAUGAAACUUGCAUAAGAAGAAACAUCGACAGGUCGCAACCACCUAGCUCUUCACUCGAAACCAAAACGGCAUCAAGAUUUAUCACUCUUGCGGAAAUGAUAUGCAGAGACAUGGCUCGUUCAGUCAUGUUCCAUGUGAGGAUCACCGGAAAAUUCCCAUCUCAAUAUGUAGAGGCGAUGUGCAAUGUGUUUGGAGAUGAUGAGAAGAAAGUGAAGGAGUAUGUUGAGAAGAUAUGGUUGGGACUGGGAGGUCCGAAGCUCGUGUCUAGUUUAUCUUGUGUCUUUCAUUGAUGUAUAGCUUGAAGAUAGUAUUACAAGUCUAAAGCAGCACCUAUUAAAUAAUGUUUUUAUAUUGUUUUUA